AAAAGCGAUAUCAAAUAAAUAAAUAUUUUUAAUGUUUAGAAAAAUAGUAUAUAUAUAUAUAUAAAAUAUAUAUAAAAUCAUUUCUAAUUUUUCAGUUCGACAAAAUGUGUGUAUAAAAACCUGAAACCAGGUCAGGUUUGUCAAUCAGUUUAGUCUUAGAAACCCUGGCAACUAGAUUGAAAAUAUGCAGCUAAAAGUUGGAAUUCUUCUGCUAAUGCUCAGCGCUGUUUUAGUGGUUGUGGAAACUCAAAUGACCUCUACACCUGAUGAUUCAACCACAAGUACAGGAUCUUCAUCAACUUCAGCACCACCAGCAUCAGAUAAAAACAAACUAAUCACUCACCUGAUCGAACAUAUCUUGGCAACAUCCAAAACGGGACAUUAUGUUGGAAAUGUGGAAUUCGAUCAGCAGUCAACCAUUCUUCGAAUUGCAGGAAAUCUGGGAGAGGAAUCUCUUGCAUUGAAGCAUCACGCCUAUGACAAGUUCAUCAGCUAUAAUGCGCUGAGAUUAAAACUGGAAGGAGACAUAGACAGUCGCAUUGCAGUCAUUGAUAACUACUUUCACACUGAAAGGCUUAGCGAUGCCUGUAAACUUUUUUAUCACAUUCAAAAGAGAGAUUUGUUGAUUGCCGACACAGAGACGAAUAGUCUCAAAGCCUUCAAACUGACAAUCAACUCCGAAAAUUGCCCUUAUCAGACCGUCGACAGUGAUGAAAGUGACUCCGACGAGGAGUUUGAUCCUAUUUGGGAUAUUUGGAAUACAAUUUUGGGUUAAUCAAACACUUUCGAAAUGUAUUAAGUAUAACGAUUUAUUAAAUUAUAAGUUGUAGACUCAAGAAAUAAAAGAAACAUUUAUUGGCGCUUCUUAA